GGAAUGAAAGUGGAUGCCUCUUAUGUGCCUUCUACAUACCUGGCAGAGAUUGCACGCUUCCUGCAGUCUGUUGCUGAGGUUGAUCUUCUACUGAACUCUUCAUGUUUCAAUAAAAAAGACUGUGAAGAUCUCACCAAACAAGAUGAGUGUCUCAAGAACUCCAAAGAAAUCCUUGGAAGACUGUCAGGUCAAUAUGCGAUCAUUGAGAGCAAAAAGAACCCAGUUCUCCAGUCUGCUUCCCCGAAGGAGAGUGAGAAGGUUAAUGAAAAACUGGCUGAGCUUUCAUUCAACUGGGACAAUGUCAACAAG